GUCUAUGAUUGCCAGAAUCAGCUCCCUCUCACGAAGCCAUGUCAUCGACUUAGUCUUGCAGUUUGCCACGGAGAUGGAUUUCCUCAGCAGGCCAGAGCUUAUUGAGCCCUACAUCGAGGAGACAGUUGUACCCUGCCGGACAGCACAAGAGCUCCUCGCAGUGGCGAAGGUGAGCCCAAAUGAG